AUGGCGGAGAAGAGAUCGACCGAGAAGGUGAGGUGGUUCAACGACGUCAAGGGCUACGGCUUCAUCACCCCCGACGACGGAGGCGAGGACCUCUUCGUCCACCAGUCCUCGAUCAGAUCCAACGAUUUCCACACCAUCAUGGAGGGCGAGUCCGUCGAGUUCUUUAUAGACUUCGGUGAUGACAGCAAGACCAAAGCAGUCGAUGUGACAGGACCUAACGGCGCGCCCGCGCCGUUGGUCGAUAACAAGAAGGAGACCUUCGGUUGCUCUAGGGGCCGCGGUGGCGGUGAUGGCGAUUCUGGAUUUGGAGGUGGAUGGAGAGGCGAUGAUAGGAAGAAUGAAGGUGGUGCCGGUGGCAAUGGGUGUUAUAGUUGCAGCAAGCCUGGGCACAUGGCUAGAGAUUGCCUUCAGGGCAGUGGAGGUGGUGAUGGAGGAAGAGAGGGCGGGACUCGCAAAGAGGGAGUUGCAGAGAAGUGAGGGGGAAGGAAGGGGAUCUGGGUGUGGAUUUGGUGUUUUUUUAUUUUAUUUUUUAUUAUGGCUUAUUAUAUUAACACCCCACAAAUUGUUGAA